AUGGACAUGCGUUUGCACGCCACUUUGUUCCUUCUCUUGCUCCCGUGUCCCAACGGCGCCACGCCGCCCCACGCGGACUGUCCCGACAAAUGCCAGUGUUUCACAGCGGCCCGAGUCCUGUGCGCCGACGAACACAUGACGUCCCUGCCGGCGAACCUGUCCCAGGAAGCCGUGGAAGUGGUGGUCAUGACGUCGGCCUUGCAGUACUUGUUCCCCGGCGCCUUCGAGGAGAGUCCCCAACUCACCAAGCUGGUCUUCCUCAACAACCCGCUGCGGAGUAUUCAUUCUCAGGCUUUCCGAAACCUGUCUGAGCUUCGGGAACUGGAGAUCAGCGGCAGUCCUUGGCUGGAUCAUUUGUUUCUGGGGACUUUUUCCGAGCAGGGCAACCUGACCGAGCUGCAGCUCAACUAUAACAAGUUCCAGACUUUUCUUCCCGGUUCCUUUGAUUCUCUAGAACGUCUGGAGAGCCUGCAGAUGAAGGCUAACGUCAUAUCGGACUUACCUGUGUCGUUGUUUCGGAACCUCAGGAAUCUCCGGGUGUUGGACUUAUCUCUUAAUAAAAUCCCGAAAGUGGAAAAAGAGACUUUUUCCGGUUUGAGCGCUGUAGAGAUUCUCAAACUGAGCAACAACCGCAUCGCGAAUAUUUCGUCCGACGUUUUCUGUCAUGUCCCUCGACUGACGGAGCUCCACUUGGAGGGCAACGGAAUAUCCCGCCUCGCCGACGGAGUGUUCUCGGCGCUGGCCGACUUGACGGUGCUGAACCUCCGCGGAAAUCGUCUCAUGAGUUUCAGCGAUACGGCCUUGGGGCCGGAGAGUUCCAAUCUAACGCAUUUGGACUUGAGAGGGAACAGGCUGACAGAGCUGUCCCAUUUUGGCACGCUGACGUCGUUGACUGAGCUUCUGUUGUCAUCCAACGAGCUGGCGAGCCUUCCCCGAGACCUUUUACAAAACGUCAGCGCGCUGGAGAAUCUGGAUCUCUCUGAAAACCGCCUUACGUCGUUACCGGACGGGAUUUUCUACGGGCUGAAGAGCCUGAAAAUAAUUUACCUCCAGAAAAACCAGCUGACCGACUUGGAUAGUAGAUUGUUUAAGGACCAGGAAAUGAUUCAGCAGCUCUACCUGUCCUACAACCGGCUGCAAAACCUCCCUCUGGGCCUCCUGGACCGCUUUGCGCUCCCGCACAUACUGAGGCUACACGGAAACCCUUGGAAGUGCGACUGCCACCUGUGGUAUCUGCACGAUUUCGUGCUGAACAGCCACCGGGACGUGGAAAUGCCGGACAGGGUGGUGUGCGAGAGUCCCCGCUUCCUGCGGAUGCGACCGCUGGCGUCCAUCCACAGGGAAGAACUCGUCUGUCCCUUGGCCGACGGCGACCCGACCGACCUGAGCGCGUGUAUCCUUCGCAAAUCGGCCAACUCGCUAGUCAUCCGGUGCAAAGUGGAGAAAUGUUCUACGCUGGCUGUUCAAGUACAAUAUCUGGGAGACGACGGCGCCGUUCAUGAGCACUUGUGGAAAAAGAACAAUUCUCUGUGCGCUAAUAUAACAGUAACUCAAGCUCCCAUUCCGUAG